AUGUCCGAGUACACGGUGUUGGUGGAAUACGACGGCCGACCUUGGGAGCGCCGAGAGUGGGUGUGCGUGUACCAGCGCGGCGGCUUCCAAGUGUUUCUCGUAGAGCACACGCUGGUCUAUGCCGCGAGGUCCACGGCUCUGCACCACGUCAGGCAUCAGCGCGCCUCUGCUCACCACCAGCUCCAUCCUGCGCUGAAAUUCGUAUUGCUGGUGGACAACGUGGGCCUGAGCGAACAUCGUUACCAGCCCGUGGAGUAUCUCACGGACCGCGCCAUCGAACACCUCGACCCUGAUGAUCUCGAGCCUCACCAGGAAGGCAGCGCUUGCAUCUCGCCAUGCCGUGGCGUGCCGGAGGCCGAGGCUGCGGUGCGAGCUUGGCUGGCGGAGCAGGACGGCCAACGCAUCCUCGUCGACACGCCUUCUGUACUCGUGGGCUUCAGAGUGCAGGUCUACAGGGCCGAGGGCACCACGCAGUGGUACACUGCAGUCAUCGUUAACUACAAUGACACUACAAAGGAGCUGACGGUGACGGACGACACUGUCCUGGAGGAACACUCUGAAGAUCCCUGCCUCCUGCAGAUCAGGCUACUGGGCGAAGGAGUUGUGGAGAGCAUCUUGAGAGGCGAGAGCGUGGGCAUCACAUCUCGCCGGUCCCGCAGCCACGCAGCCCUGCAGGCCUCAGGGGGUCGUCAAAUUAGACGAGACGCGGCAUCUCGUCAGAAAAAGACAUCAAUAGCCCGACCUCAUAAUUCGCCCACUUCUUCUCAGUCGUCUCUUCCACCCUCCAGCUCCCCUUCCUUGAGUCUCAAGAUUACGACUGACACUAUCAGUAACAAUAAGCUUGAUACCGACGCUAACUUGCCUGUAUCCAGGGUCGAGUCCCGAACAAUAAGUAGGCUGAUAAACAUUAAGAACAACAUCAAUAUUAACCCUACGGUAACUCUGUCCGCUGAUCUCAAAAUAGAAAACUACACAAACAUCAAAACCACUAAUAUCAAUAACAACAAUAAUAAUAAUGAUAACAAGAACAAUAAUCGGUCACCUAAACGAAUAACAGAUGAUCAGAGAACUAAGUUCAUAUCAUCACGAGGCUAUAAUAGCAGUCACAAUAAAACCCGUUCCCAGUCUCCGGCAAUAUCCGAAGACACUUCGCCUGCCACUCCGCCCGCCGAAAUUUCCCCUUCCGGUCCUUUGGAAGACCCGUUAAAUUGUUCUUCAUCAGAGAGCUCCUCCGACUGCCCGACGUAUCCAGACUCGCCAAGUGCUCACAUCUCGACGGACGAGAACAUAAUAUCACUCGCUGACAACCCGCUGCCAACACCUCCUGCCGAGACCACGCCUGGCAAUAUCGCUUCAACUACGAAUAUCCUCGAGCCUUCACCGAGUGUCGGUGGUAAACAGGGAGAUGCGUCCGCGCGGCUUGUUUCGCCCGUCAAAUCGAGUUCGAGCGACGAAGAUGCAAGAUUCGACGCUCUUUGUUCAGCAAGAAGAACCGCUCAAACACCUAAUCUUGAAAAAGAUUCUUCUUCAAUGCUUAACCUUGAAAAGAAUUGUCCAUCGGAUAAUGUCGAGGAUGAAACUGCAAGACAUUCUUCGAUCCAUGCUACAAAAAUUAAACAUGUCGUAAAUUUAGAACCUUCUACUGAUAAGUUCUCCGAUGUUAACGUUUUGAAAAAUUCUAAUGAAAGUAUAUUGUUAAAAGGUAAUAUUAAGUCUACCAUUAACGUUACCAAUAACGAUAACGCAUCGUUGAAUGAAGAUAUAGUCUACUUGGCAUCUUCAAAGUCGGUGAAUACGUCGACUGUACAGAAAACUCCACCAAAAUCCAAGCUGUCAGCUUCUGCUUCAGAUUCCAUCCAUAGACAUUCUAUAAGUUCAUAUCCACCAAUUUCACCCGUUUCUAUGUCGCCACCCAACAAAAGCCGUAGCAAUUCAGCAGAAAACGUUACAAAAGUAGCCACUUCAUAUUCGUGUUCUACGUCCACGCCAAGUCCCACAAGAUCCACAGAUACGCGACCAAAGCACAACACUUCGCCUCCUCUGAAGCCAUCCCCUCAUCUUCAAACCUUACCGUCGCGACCCCCACAAAUCAACCACGGUUCCAGCUCAUCCUCGACUCCCUCACGUCAUUGCAAGAGCAAGGCGAGAACUUCUAGUACCGUCCCAUCGUCCCAUCAUCGCCUCGAUGUUUCAGGGGUGGAGUGCUCCCGAACGUCUCGAAGACGAGAAGACAGACCUCUGCCCCUGACGCCUCGACCAAGCUUGCUCACGCCGUCGGCAUCUUCUGUGGUGCCCUUCACAACGAAACCAUCGCUGCCUUCUACUACAUCUACUUCUUCUUCGCCCUCUCCUACUCAUUCUGCAAGAGCUGAAAAUUUAAGUAGUUCAGUUCCUGUACUCAAUAAAUUGGCCAAUCCCACUGGCCCUACUGGUCUAAAUAUCCCACUAUCGUACAGUGGUCCCCAUAGAAUAAAUCAAUCUCAUAAUAGAAUACCUUCCGUUAAUACAACUUCGUCUGAUCUCGGGAAAGCGCCAAGCACCAAGUCCUUAAUUCGAGAGGCCCACAUUCCAGACGAUAAUUUGACUGUUAGGGCUUGUGCUUCCCUCCAUCCAUGCACAUCAACCUCUGUUAAACAAGCAAAUAAUCCUUUGGGCUCCGAACUUCGGUCCACUUCUCCCAUCACUCGGAAGUUGCCAUCAUCAACGACACUCACAACAACAUCACCUCCUUUUUCGCGAUCUCAUCAUCCUACUGUUACCUUUACGUCUACGCUUUCCAGUUUAUCGAGUCGAACUGUGUUCUCGGCGUCGCCUCUUAACAGGCUUCCUGCUUCAACUACCCUCACAACGACCAGUGCACCGCCGUCACGUUUGAACUGCUCUACUACUAUCACAAGCAACAGUGCACCUACUUCUCGUCUACCAUCAAGUACCGUCAUAACCACAAGUUCACCAUUGGUUCCCAGCACUCCUUCUAAUUCACCGCAGUGUCUCUCUUCUGUCGCAUUCUUGACGUCUAAGAAAUGUCUGAACGCUUCAAAUAAUAACCAACUUUCCUGCAACAGUGGGGACGUGUUACUUGGCAGUACAAAUUCUGUUCCUAAAUCCAAGAACUCUUCCAAUUCGGUUGUAAAAAAUAACAUUAUAAGUACAAAAACUUCUCCGAGCUCUUGUUCAGGGGCUUUUCUUAGUAAUCAUUUUGUUGAUGAAGUUUCCAAUGUAUCUACUCAGAGCUCUUCCAAAUCAACUGUUCCAUCGUCUCGUACAGUCCAGCGUGUUUUGCCUUCUGAUUUACCCAACAUACCUAUUGUUUUAGAAGAUUGUCGCACUUCGAUACCCGCGCCUACGACGUCUACCGUUUCCUCAAAUUCUUCAUCCACUACUUGCUCCUCUGAAACUAUUACUUCAAGUCCAGGGAAUGAUCAAACUUGCCGGACGUCACCAUCAAUUUCCAAUUUUUGUAACAAAGUUUCUUCUGCUUCGCAAGAUUUGGGCCAAAACGAGGAUAGAGAUCAUUCUCAAGCUUCUUAUGUUACUCAUGUGAAUUCUGAUGAUGUGAAAUGUACCAAAGUCAAAUUGAGGAAUUCGAGGGAUUCUGAAAUAAUUGAUGAGAUACCUAAAGAUUCUACGCAUGACGAGUGUGAUGUUAUUGCAGUUUUAAACACCACGAAAAGUCCCGAUAAUCCAGCACCAAGUAUAAAGAAUUCAGAAAUCAUUGAUCGUAUUGGUGAAUGCUCUUCGAAUACGAAUUCUGAGAAGAGUUGUAACGGUGAAUUUAGCACCAUUUCACCCGGUAGCGUAAUUGCACCACAGUGCUCUGCCAAUUCUGCCAGUGUCUCCACCUGCUCAACUUCUAGAGAGUCAAGAUAUCUCGUGAACGCUAGGAAUGGUGCAGGGGUGAACACUCACGGUAGAGCAACUGUGUACAGAGUGGGUAGCGGUGGCGUAACUGGGAGCGUAGUGGCGGGAGUCAGCGGGAGAGCAGUGAGUAUUACGGCGACCAGUGGACCGGCUCCUCAUGCACCCACCCGUCCUGCAUCCCCUCCUUCGGUGAGCAUUACGGCCGUGCUCAGACCUCAGCCUCAUCAUCAGUCUGCAGCACACCAUGCUGCCUUGUCAUCUACUGCACCUUUCUCCUGUAGCUCUCCUUCCCCAGCAACUCCUGCUCAGCACUUAUCCCCCGUGCCAGUCUCGUCUACCAGCCAACCCCUCAUGCCCCCGCAGCCCAGGAUGGAUGAUGGCUCCAGCGACUCAGGCGUGAGUGUGUCUGAGCCUCGCUCUGUAUCUCGAUCGUCUGUACUCAGUGACGAACGUUCAUCGUCAGUUGAAGUAAAGCCAAACACUCCCACCCCUCAACAUAAUACGAAAAGUUUCUUACAAGCCGCUGCACAACUAUCGUCAAGCAUUGCUCAUAACAACAGCGGCGGCAAUCUAAGUAACCCUGGUGGUCCUGCUUCGAGUUUCGCCCUGGACCACCGCAAUAACAAGGAGGUGAGAGUGUGGCGGGAUCCGGCUUUGCUCUCGCAGUCUGAGCAAGCCGUCCGCCACAUACACUCCCUCCAACAUCCCAUGUCCUAUCAGCCCCAUGCUCCUCCACCACCACAUCAUCCCUCGCCACAUGCUACGCCUGCUCACCCAUCCCUAGUGGCGGCGGCAGCAGCGGCUGCGCUGCCCCCUGGGAUCGGCUUCCCUCAUGGACAUCCGAUGCAUUUGGCUGGUCUACAGCCUCCACUUAGCGCUGCUGCCGCAGCUUUCUACGCCAGCCAGAACAAUAUGUGGAAACAACUAGCGGGAGUGCCUCCUGCCGCUAUGCAUCCCUCUUACCAUGGUAUUCUUCCUCACGCUGGCGUUGCGCAAGAAGAAGCCUUCAGAGAGUUCGAAAGGAGUCAACAGGACAGAGCUCUUAGAGACCGCCGAGAAUUAGAUGCACGUGAAAAAGAUCGUGUCAAAAUGGAACGUGAAAAAGCUGCCGAACGGGAGAAGAGAAUGCGAGAGCGAGAAGAAGAGGAACGGAAAAUCAGAGAAGAGAAGGAACGACAAAAACAUCAAGUUGCACAGCACUUUGAAGAAUCAUUGAGACUUCAUGAACAAAAGCCCUGUAGUGGUGCAGUGAUGCGACACACCGAUAACCUUAUCACGCCCAGCACCAACUAUCAUCACUACUUCCAUCCGCUACACCAACUCAACAAUAAUAGCAAUAAUGCAUGCUCUAACAACUCUAACCAGUACCAACCCACUACCCACAACUCGUCAUUACACCAUCCACCCUCAGUCACAUUCUCCUCUGCCAACCACUUACCUCUUCACCACCAGACGCAACAAACUUCACUAACACAGCACCACGUGCAGCAACAAAUCAACACACUCUACCCUCCACAACCAGCGACUCAGUCCCAACCCACGACUACAUCUGUAUAUCAGCCUCUAUCCAAUCAGAAGAGCGGUGGGUGGACAUCAAUUCAUCCGCUGGAAGAACGCCGUUUUCUGGAACAGCAUCAGCAGCGUCAACGAGACGAAUUGUCAAGAAGGCAUCAGGGGCCUGAUCGGAUGGUAUCAGAAAGCAUUUACAAAGCCUAUCGUCAAGGACAAGAAGAUGAUAGAAGAGAACAAGGCAUCGUGCCACCUCCUGCCCACUCUAAAUCGCUUGCUGAGAAAACUCUAGUUACCAAUGCAGCGGCUUCUACCAUGCAUGCAUAUCCUGCGACUGCUUUUGCCCCCGUUAAAGACCCCAAACAUCGUGACCCCCACUACGGUAUGCAUCAUCAUGAUAAAUCUAGCGUUAUUGUACAACCGGACCCGAAGUACGACAAAUCUCAUUCAAUAAGUCCCAAACAGGCAGUUAUUGGGAGAGCGAGUCCUUACCAACCGGCGAACAUGUAUAAAAGUUAUGAAAUUACUCAGUCUCAACAUCGAGGGAGUAGUGGUCCUUCAUCGCAUCAGGUCAUCAGCCUAGAUUCCUCCUCUCGACCUGGGUCAUCCAUGGCGUCUUCCCCACAUAGUGUUGAUCUUAUUAAAACCCGGCCACCUCAGUCUUCACCUCAUCCGUCGACCUCAUCUCCAGCCAUUCAUGACCGCUACUACCCUUCAAAAUCUCCGUCAACUUCCUAUCAGUCUGCGCAUUCUAUCCACGCAGCACAUGCUAGUCUGGCUUCUCACCCUUCCCACGCUCAGCUCUCAGCUGUCCAUCAGCCUGUUAGCUCGCCCCACUCACUGCACUCAAGUCAACAUCCUUCACGCUCGCACCAUUCAAGUCACGUAAGCAAUAAUACUUCGCUAGUAUCAGUGAGUUUAAUACCGAACCCAUUGCACAUGUCACAGCAAGGGCCUCUCAAAUCGAAAGUUAACUCGCCACCUCCUCAGCAAGUUUACACUCAGCCGGAACACACUGCUCGUGGAGGAUUGCCAGCUCACAUACCGCAUGCUAAAGCGCUACUCGCAGCGCCUCCACCAGCGCAUUCUGGUAAUAGAAACCCUGAGAGAGCCCCUCCACCACCUCAUGAGGCUCGGGUGCACAUCGAACGAGCGGUUCCUUACGACGCAAGAUCAUAUCCCAGUAAUAUUCCAUCUCCUCAUCCUAAACCAUCGCCGGCUUUAUCCCAUGUACCUUUGACAACUGGUCCGAGGACUGGUCUCCCAGUCACUACGGCACAGCAGCAUCAGACGCCUCUCCAAGCUCCAGGUGUUCACCCAGCGCAAACUCAACCAUUGGACUUGGGUCGGAGAGAUGAUCCAGGGGCAUCUCCUGCCAAGCGACGGACAUUGACACCCACUCCCCAAGAUACUAAGAAGCCUCGACUAGAAGUAACUUCUACUGCACCACUUUUAUCUAAAGUCCCCGAGCCAAGCCCUGUUUACUCACCUGCAAUGACUACAAUAACAUCGGUGGAGAAUUUAGCUGCUCAAACAAACGUCAAUAGUACCCUCAGUCCUGUGCAGGCUAAUUCCAAUGGUUCGAGACCUCCUAGCCAACCUCCGGCGUCAGUCACUCCAACCCCUUCGAGGCCUGACAGCACUCAUUCACCGGAUUCUAAUUCCAUUGGUACACCUUCCGGUAAAUCUGAACCAGAAAAAUCUAACAGUCCUGGCCCAUCUGGAGCGGGUUACGUCCAUAAACUAAAGAAAGCCUGGCUGCAUCGUCACGAAAGUGGUCCCGAAAUAGUUCCCAAUAAUUUGUCCCCUUCUCCUUCCAGUAGAGGACCCAAUGGCUCACCUGGGGCUACUACAGCCGCCAUGAAUGGGGGUAGCACUAAUAAUUCUAAUGCAGGAGGUCCGAAGUCACCGGCUAACGGUAAAUCAUCUCGAAAUGAAGAUGGAAGUAGCAGGGGAUCUUUGCCUUCAUGGAAAAGUAAAGGGGGCUCAACUCUUCCUAAUGGGCAUGCUCAAGAUGCGAGAGACCUAGAUUCGUCAUCCACUGAUUCUGAUGACGGCAACGCUGUGCACAAACCAAAGCGUGGGAAAGGUAAGCGAUCAAUCAAGCGUCCCAAGAAGAGCAGUGACAGUAAUAGUGAGAGUGACAAGGAAAGUGACGGCAGUGAGACUAGUAAAAAGUCGAGCCGGCUUUCGUUGAAGCAAGAUCUAGAACCUAAGAAACGAGGAAGGAAACCGAAGCCCAAAGUCGAGAAGGAAAAAGAAGAUGGUCCAAAGCCGAAAAAGUUGAAAGAAGAAUUAGUUGGAGAUCCAUUGAAGAAACCACCUUUACAUCAGCUGAAGAAAACGGGUGAGAGCUUCUUGCAAGACGGUUCUUGUUUUGAAGUAUCGCCGAAGCUACCUAAAUGUCGCGAGUGCAGGUGGACUCCUAAUCAGCGCAACAAGAAAAUGCCAAACAUCUUCUGCAGGUUCUACGCUUUCAGGAGACUUCGUUACACGAAAAACGGACAGCUGGCUGUAGCUGGCUUCUCUAAUCCAAUCAAGGAUGCGUAUGGUGAAGACUUGCGUUUGUGGGUUCCAGACAUCAAUAAUCCUGUCCCUGAUCUCGAUGUUGAGAAAAGCAAGUUUCUCAUAACGCAUGUGGGCGAUCAACUGUGUGAUUUAGUACAGCAAGAAAAACAAGCCACUCAGCUGCAUAUGGCCAGUGAUUGUACAGUGGCUUGGAAGCGAGUUGUACAAGGCGUACGUGAAAUGUGCGACGUCUGUGAAACGACUCUCUUCAAUAUCCACUGGGCAUGUAGCAAGUGCGGCUUCGUUGUAUGCAUUGACUGCUAUAAGGGACGGAAAAACGGAACUGUCAAGGUGUGGGAUGAUGCUGGCAACAAGGAGCGAGACGAAUAUCAAUGGUUGCUUUGCACCUCCCGCGUGCCGCAUGAACAGGACAAGCUCAUGCUCACUCAAAUUAUUUCUGGCAACGCUCUCAUGGAGCUGGGAAAGAUGGUACACCAAGUUCGAUACGAUUUUGGCCUGCCACAGCUUUGUAAUUGUGAAGAAGCUCAAAAAUAUAAGGAAAAAGAAGCUCUACAAAGCGAUGAGAACAAAAAACUGAACGGCGUUUUGAAAGGCGUUUCUGUGAAGGAUGAGCCUAAUUGUGGUCUUGUCAACGGUUCAAUUAAGAGCGAGAAGAACAAGGUUAAUGGCAAAGAUGACGAGGAUAUGGCAAACUCUCCUCUUAAUUUCUUCGCCAAUGUCGCAUUAUCGAAUGAUAAACGCGAUAGUGAGACCUCCAAUUCUGACUUUGGAAGUGAUUCGGAUGACAAGGAUGGCAAUCAAUCUACGCUGCGUCAGCUAUUGCAACGUCCGAAUUCCAGACCGAGCAGCCGCGCGAAUCACACUAAGGAUGAUCCGCCCUCCAACACAAAGAAGAAGCCGAAGCUCGAGACUUUGGAUGAUCUCAUAUCGUGCGUAAUAGAACCAAACACCGCGGACACCGAAACUAAACUGGAUAACAAACAACUGGAGCUCAAGCAUUUCAUCAGGAAGUACAAUUACAAACGUGUGGGCCGUGAUCUACUGCCUAUUCGCAUUAUGACGAAAGUAGAAAGCACAUUACUGUAUCCGAAUGUGCAGCACUCAUGGCUUUGCGAUGGCAAAUUGCUACGUCUGCACGAUCCGACCAACGUUAACAACAUUCAUAUUUUCCAAGACCAAUGGAAGAGAGGACAACCUGUAAUGGUUUCUGGUGCUGGCCAACUUUUCAAACAGGAUCUCUGGAGGCCUUAUUCCUUCGCUAAAGAUUUUGGAGAAGUGAAGAACGAUCUUAUCAAUUGCCUAACUGGCAACAUCGUUCCCAAUCAAACCAUGCGCAAGUUCUGGGACGGGUUUGAAAACUACAGCAAAAGACUUAAAGAUGAAAAAGGCAAUCCCAUGAUUUUAAAAUUAAAAGACUGGCCUCCUGGUGACGAUUUCGCCGAAUUUUUGCCUAUGCGCUUCAAAGAUCUAAUGGAGAAACUUCCUAUGGGCGACUAUACAAGACGAGACGGAACUCUAAAUCUGGCUGGCCGCUUGCCGGAAUGCUUUGUCAAACCUGAUCUUGGCCCUAAGAUGUACAUCGCCUACGGUUCGGCCCUAUAUCCUCAAAAGGCCUCAACAAAUCUGCAUUUAGACAUUUCUGAUGCUGUCAACGUAAUGUGCUACUCCGGAGUACCCAAAGACGGCAGCACGGAAGAAGAUGUCAAAGCUGCCUUGAAAGCCAUUGACGACGCUGGUUGCGAUUUACUCACACGUCGUCGCGCCCGUGAGCCAGAGACCGUCCCAGGAGCUCUGUGGCAUAUAUACCACGCACGCGAUGCCGACAAAAUAAGAGAUCUCCUCAAUAAAGUCGCUAUCGCCAACGGCGUAAAGCUGGAACCUUACCACGACCCCAUUCAUGAUCAGAGUUGGUAUCUUGAUCGUCCUCUGAGGGAGAGACUCUACAAGGAAUACGGUGUUGAGGGAUACUCCAUCCUUCAGUGCAUGGGAGAUGCCAUCUUCAUCCCCGCCGGGGCCCCGCACCAGGUUCGAAAUCUUCACAAUUGCAUCAAAGUGGCCGAAGAUUUCGUGUCUCCUGAGAACGUCGCUCAUUGCUUUCAUCUGACCCAAGAGUUCCGGCAUCUUAGCGACAGUCACACCAACCAUGAAGACAAAUUACAAAUCAAAAAUAUCAUUUACCAUGCGAUGAAGGACAGCGUCGCUGUGCUCAUGGCCCACAAGUUAAAGCUACAAAGUGGCAACGGCUCAAGCAGCAAUGGCACUAACUCAAGUGGAAACAACUGUGUCGACGGCGCUGCAUCUCCAAGUGGCGAUCAAUCCUCCACUGAUGGCAAGAUAAAGAGAGAGCAGCAGCCUGAAUCCUGAAAACUGCUCAAAUGAUUUAGUGACGUAGUCCUGUGUGUGCCGUAGGUCGAUAUUGACACUCCAAACGUCUACAUUCGAUUUAUGAGGUAUUUGAAAAUAUAUAGAAUAAAUAUAUAGAAAUCGAUAUAUAUCUAUCACUGUCAAAUGAGGAUUAUUUUUUCUAAAGGUCCACUUGAUAAUUUCAAGUACGAUUUUGGAAUAUUCUCAUUUCUGAAUGGAAAGUGAUGUGUCACCAUUGUUACAUGUUUUUUCUUAGUUUUGAGUGCAAACUAUUAUACUCCCUAUGUUGUUGAGUGUUUUGAAGAAGACAUUGGUGUAAACAUCGUAAUUGUAAUGAUUGCACAGUGUAAAGUGUACUAGUGAUACUAUAACAUUUUUGACUUGGUGACUUGUGAAAUGAAGAGAAACAUUCAGCUUUGACGCUUUCUCUUCGGAUCUAUCACUACUUUUCACCUUGGCUCUCAUUCAUCUAAUAAGAAGCAGCUGAUGUUGCUGUCGCCGCCUCUGCUAAUUCAUUAAGUUUAUCUGAUGCCGGACCAGUUGUUAUAAAGAUGGUAAUUAUCUAAGUUUUAUAGGUGAAGUCGCCUCAGCUCCGCUGUAGUGCCAAGCUUCCUGCUUUGAUUGUAACGUGAUCUCAUUGUGGUGGGAGAGUUGGCUCUUCUCAUUUGCGCACCCAUCCCAUUUGUUGGAUGUCAUUUUUCCCUCUCCUGGGGCGCUACAACGCCCACUUAAGGCAUCAGUUAACAUACGGUCAUUAUUAUUAUUAUUAAUAUUAUAUUUUAAUUUGUUUCAUGGAGAGUACCCUUCUUUUUUCCGUUUCUGCAUGUAUGAUACCAUGUAAUAACUCGUAAAAAAGGCUGAUGCAAGGUUCCUUUGCAGGAUGGCUUCAUUAUCGGCAUUGAUUUUCAUUUGAAGAUUGUUGCGAUCUUAGAAAAAAUACUUGGAUCGUGUUGAAAGGUGUAAUUUAUUUGCUUCUUUUAGUAAGGGCUCUGUAGAAAGUGUACAUUUUUUCGUAGUUGUGGAAUGUUCGCAGGCUCUUGCCCCAGCCUACGUCGCCGUGCUAACUUUUUGUACUGUCAAUAUGUAAACAGAUCACAAUUUGAAAUAGGAGAAAUGUUGCCAUUGUA